AUGGUCUAUAUCGCACAGCAAUUCGUUGGCGUCAACUUUAUCACUGGCUACCUGACCUACUAUUUCAAGCUGGCUGGGGUUAACAACGCCCUCGGACUCGCUCAGAUGGCCUAUGCUGUUCAACUGUUUGGAAACAUCUGCUCUUGGCCACUUGUUGACAGGCUGGGUCGUCGACCCCUCAUCGUUGGCGGAAUGAAUAUUAUGACGGCUGCUCUUCUAAUUAUCGGCGGUAUCAGCACGAUGAAAGACAAUAAAGAUGCGUUGAAAGCUACAGUAAGCUUCAUGACCAUCUGGGGCUUCUUGUAUCAAGCCACAAUUGGUGCCGUAGCGUACGCCGUUGGUGGUGAGACUGCCAGUCCGUCGCACCGUCAGAAGACAUACUCGAUCAAUAUCAUGAGCGCCACAGCCGUCUCCUGCCUAGUUCUACAGACUAUGCCGUACAUGAUCAACCCCGACAAAGCGAACCUGGGCGGGAAAAUCUCCUUCGUUUUCUUCGCACCAUCUGUGCCGAUGUGCAUCUACCUUUACUUCUGUCUACCCGAAAUGAAAGGUCGCAAUUAUGCUGAGAUCGAAGAGAUGUUCCAGAACAAGGUCCCGGCACGCAAGUUCAAGACUUAUGUCUGCCAUGGAGCUCAAGAGUUGACAGAGGUGGUGAGGGAGGCUGAGCAGAAGGGCGUUGAGGUUGAAACCCGGGAGGCAGCUUGA